AAAUCCCAUCAUCUCAGUAAAUACCAGUGUUUCAGUCUGGUUUGUCCUCUGCACACAUGUUGCUCAGGACAACUCAGUCUGUUCGUCCCUGCAUGUGCAGCUCGUCAGACAUGUUUUUAAAAGAGGGGAGAUUUACUGUUGUUUUGAAUCUGCACUGAUGGGGACAAAUCAUCACACAUAGAGGAACCCUGGAGUGAUGGAAGCUAAUCGAAGCUAAUCGAAGCUAAUCGAAGCUAAUCUCACUGGAUCCACAGGAAAGCUAAAUAAGUAGCUGACAAAAAAUAAUCUCUUUUUUUCAAGGAGUCGUUACCAUGGAGGGAGGGCUUCCAGGGCUCGGACAGAACACACCUGAUGCUUGUGGUGAGACACAAGAAAGUAAGGUCGCCCCGGCGGCUUUCAACAUGAACCAAAACCGUGCAGUGGUUCUGCCCCUGCUCUCUGAGAAUCAGAUGUUUCUGUGGGUGCACUUGAACCAGAUCGACCUACAGCUGGACGGUGUAGCAGAGCUCAACAAGGCCUUUGACGGCUUCCCGUAUCUAACACAGAAACAGACCGCUGUGCUGGCGCAGCGCUGCUCCCUGCAACCAGACCAAGUGAAGGUGUGGUUCAUGGUACAGAGGCUCCGCUACGGCAUUAGCUGGGACUACGAAGACAUCCAAGAGGUUCAGAGGAAGUUCAUGUCCGGUCAGGGAAAGAUUCGGGGAAAGAAAGAGCUGCGAACCCAAACUACCCAAAACAGGAUGCGGGAAGAGGUAAAAGAGGAGACAAGCGAGAAGAAGGAACAGAAGAGAGGGGUAAAAGAAUCUGGUAGGAAGAAGGCGGGAAAGGUCACGGAGAGCUCAAAACUGGGACGAAAUGGGUCUAUUGAGCGACUGGAGGGAAAGAUGAUGCAGGAGCUACCAGAGAACAAAGAGGAGGAUAGUGAAGUAGAAACUCUUGUGGAGGUCAGAGAGAAUACUCAGAAAAGGCGCAAAAGGCAUGCCGUGCCAAACAAGAUUGAAAAGACGAUGGAAGAAGAUGACGGUGUCGUGGAGAGAGCCAGAGAGGGCAAGUCAGAGACAAAAUCUUUAACUAGAGAGAAGAGGGCAACGCUGCGGUUGGCUUUCUCUAACUGCCAGUAUCCAAACAGAAGCGACUACGAACACCUGGUGAGGUCGAUCGGUAUCCCUUGGCCAACGUUGGUGCAGUGGUUCAGCGACACACGCUAUUACAUGAAGAGGGGAAAGCCACGCUGGAUGAAGCAGGAGCAGCACAGCCAGGCGCUGGCCAACAUCAGGUACCGGCAGUGCCUGAAGGUGCUGGCAAAGGAGCAGCUGAGUAAGGUAAAACAACUUCGAAGAGGAAGCUUGAGAGGAAGUAGCAAAUGUGCGUUCAGAUCAGAAAUGAUGCCUCCGCCUCUGCAGCCGAAACAACAGGAAAAGGAACGAAGACGAUGACGUAUCGGAAGCUGUUCUACAUCCUCUACUUCGUGAUGUUUGAUAACCAGUUGCCAUGUUGGAUGUUGUGAAUUGGCCUGUUCUUUCAUAUGGAAGUUAUUGUUGUUAUACUGUCUUUAGUUGUUGAUUAGUGUGUAAACAAGCAUGUACAGCAUAGUCGUGUUAUAGUAGUUAUAUAUAUAUAGUUAUAUAGUCGUGUCCCACUGUGAUGUGCAGAGGUUUUAUUGUCGUUCAAGUUGAAACACUUUAAUUGAUUGAACACGACUCCUCUUAUCAUUGUUAAAACAUUAACAAACACAGUUAAUCAUCUUUUUUUACAAUUUUUUUAAUAUUUUACAAGGAGAUGAUGUUAACAAUAUGAUAAAAAUGAUAACCACACACUGUUAGAGUGGUAAUCCCCCGUAAUCCACGUACAUAAAGCACAAUAUUAUUAGAAUAAAUUGCACAAAAAUAGAAAAAUAACUUUCUCAUGUUAUCCUCAUCUUCCCCUGUUGUGCCUAAGGAAAGCUUAGACUUAAACUAAACAAUUGAUUGUGAAGGUUUUGCAUUUUUGUGUGUUUUAUUCUGUAUAAUAUAUACAAUUGUUCAUCACAUUGUAUAAAAGUGUCACUGUGAUAUUAACUCAAAACAUGGUCCAGUCAUGGUUCUUCUACCCCCCCCUCAAGACGGAUCAUUUAAUCAAUACAGAGAAGCUUACUCGUGAGAAAAGGGACAUUUCGGACAUCAAAUCAACAUCAGACCGAGUUACUCUACUUCACGUGUAAAAAGAAAAGGUCUGUCCUGGCUCCGUCAGUUCCAGCUGGCCGUGUACUCUGCCCGCUGCGGCUGCCAAAACUCGGCGCCUUCAAUGACGCGACGGAUCAUGGAAGCGGACGUGAUGAGCAGGUGUCCAGCGGCCUGAAGGAGGGCGGAGGCCACACGCAGGGCUUCUCUGAAAAACAGGACAGAGAACAAGUGUCAUCAAACCUGUUUUCUACUGUAAACACCCAAGUCAAGCAUCAUUCCAUCACUUCCCUGACUGCAAGCUGCUCUCACUUGGGACUUGGGACUGGAUUUCAAAACGCUCACUGCCUUUUCACAUCUUCUCAGUGAGAAAACUGUGGUACUUCAAAUAUCAAGUUCAAUUUUGAGGUACUUUACAUAAAAAGUUAUUUGUUACUUGAUAAUCUACUUCAGAGAGAAAUAUUGUACUUCAUGCUCCAGUGUAUUCAUUUGGCAGCUGUAUUACUACCACUACUGUUUACAUAAAAGACAAAAACCAUAUGAUUAUAUCAUAUAAAUGUGAUGCAUUGUCAAAGAUUAAACCAGUGGUUACCAAAGGUU